AUGCGCGCGACUACACAACUCUUGAACAAGGGCGUCUUGGGGCGAAGCUGGGACGAGCUCGCCCGGCGCACAAGCAUUGCUUUCAAGCUCGAGGCUGUAAAAGGACCCCAGGGCCCCCGUCCCCUAUACGACUUCAACUCACCCUCCGCCAUAUCAUCAUGUAUUCUCAUGUCCGACGCUACCAUCGGCGGCUCCUCCGUAGCCAACCUCGACCUUGAUUCUCCCUCUUCCACAUCAUCACAGGCCUACGCCCGCUUCCAUGGCUCGAUAUCUACCGCUCUACCUUCCGACAAACCAACCAUCCAAAGAACAGGCUACGCCGCUUUUCGCACACCGAAUCAACAUCCAACGCUCUUGGGGCGGUCGUACUGGGACAUUGAUCCCUACACAUAUCUGGCCAUGCGCAUAAAGUCGGACGGCAGAGCCUAUUUCAUCAACGUACAGACAGACGGAGUGGAACCGUCAGAUCUCCACCAGCACAGACUAUUUGCCUCACGGCCGGGGGAGUGGGAGACGAUUCUUAUCCGGUGGAAUGAUUUCGUGAGGACCAACUUUGGCUUUGUGGUCGAGCCGCAGACGGAGCUAUUACGACAAAAGGUCAAGACCGUGGGCAUCGGCCUCACGGAUCGCAAAGAAGGGCCAUUCGAGAUGUGCAUUGAAAGGAUAUGGGCCACAAAUGAUGUUGAAGAAGGAGACACCAUCGUGGACAAGAACAAGGCGAUGAGCGAGGCGCCAUCGGUGGAAGGGCAAUUACGGACAAGGAAAGGCGAAAAGAUACACUGGUAG